AUGGCUGAAGCAACAAUGCAAGAGUUUGACCAAGCUCACCACUUKRAUGAUGAGAUUAAACGUCAAAACUUUCCAAGUAAUUUCUUGUUUGGAGUAGGCACAUCUGCUUAUCAGGUUGAAGGUGCAUGGAAUGCAGAUGGUAAAGGCUUGAGUAUCUGGGAUUCUUUUACACUAAGAAAYCCUGACAAGAUCGCCGGAGGUGCAAAUGCAUGUGUCACAGUUGAUAGCUACUCAAGAAUGAAGGAAGAUGUUCAGUUGUUGAAGAAAAUGGGUCUGAACUCUUUCAGAUUCUCUAUUUCAUGGUCAAGGAUAUUACCAGGUGGGAAAGUGAGCAUGGGUAAAAACCAGGAAGGCAUUAAUUACUACAACAAAUUGAUUGACAAGUUACUAGCCAAUGGCAUUGAGCCAUUUGUCACAAUUUUUCACUGGGAUCUUCCCAACGCUUUGGAAGAAGAAUACAUGGGUUUCUUAAGUUCAAUGGUCGUGGCUGAUUUUGUUGAUUAUGCCGAUAUUUGCUUUUGGGAGUUUGGAGAUCGGGUAAAGAAUUGGUYGACUCUAAACGAGCCACAUAYGUUCACAWAUARMGGGUACAUAACAGGUAYAUWUGCACCUGGACGGGGUGAAAAAAGUAAAGAUAACGAUCUUGAAAUAGAGCCAUAUACAGUUGCAUACAACCUACUCAACUGCCAUGCAGCUGCUUAUAGAAAGUAUGAGAAAGAUUAUAAGGGUUUUCAAAAGGGUAAAGUAGGAAUUACCCUUGACCUUCUAUUUUUCAAGCCUUAUCGUGGCCCGAGUAAUCGACAAGAUGUCAAAGCCGUCGAAUACGCAUUUGAUUUUGUAAAUGGAUGGUUUCUUGAGCCAUUAGUGAAAGGAACAUGGCCGGAAAAUAUGCAAAAGUUUGCCACUACUCCAACUGCUAAAUACCCGAAUGGUCGUACUUUGCCUAAAUUCUCGGAUGAUCAACGCACCAAGUUGAUUGACUCAUACGAUUUUCUAGGAAUAAACUACUACACUGCGAAUUAUGCUCAAUAUCAAGCUCCUUCUUCUGAUAUUCCUCUUGGGUAUGCUACCGAUUGUCACUUCAAAGCAACAGGAAACGAUCCCAAUGAUAUUCCUAUAGGAAAGCCGGCUUAUCCAGAUUCAUGGGUUUAUCUUUGUGCUAAUGAGCUUACAGAGCUCUUGUAUCGUGUUAAGAGUACAUAUAACGUAUCCAAACCUAUUAUAAUUACCGAAAACGGUUCUCCGGAUAAGACUGAUCUUGGAAAAACUUACCAAGAAGUACGGGAUGAUACGUACCGAAUGGAAUACAUAGAAAAACAUCUUAUAGCAAUCCGUACAGCUAUGCGGAACAAUGUAAACAUUAUGGGCUACUUCGUGUGGUCGUUUAUGGAUAGCUUCGAAUGGGAAUCUGGCUAUGAUAUCCGAUUCGGUAUGAUGUAUGUCGAUUAUGCCAACAAUCUGCAACGGUAUCCGAAAAAUUCGGCGAUUUGGUUCAAGAAAUUUCUUUCUGAGACAAAAGGGGGGUUUUUGAAAAGAACCCUAAUGGAUGGUGAGGAAGAAGAUGAAGUCAAUAACGUGGUGUCUGAAGCUGAAAAAGCAACUGAAGUGAUUCCAAAACUGAAGAAGGUGAAAGCAUGA